AUGUUGACGAUUAUUACCAAUAAUAAACAUAUAACAAAGAAAUAUGAUAAGCCUUAUUUGAUUAAUUCAGAUCAGCCUAUGAUGAAUACUAAAUACAGGAUUUCAAAAUACUUGACGAGUGUAUUUUGUGGGUUACCUAUUGACAUAGAAACUAGAAACAAGUAUUUUUUAAGAAUACGUCAAUUAUUAUUGGAUAAACUUGUAGUUAUUGAAAAUAGAUUGAAGAAACAAAAAAAGAACAGACAAACUACAACUUAUAUUAAAUUUAGUCAUGGUAGACGAACAUGGUAUUUGGGGUUUUAUAUUCCAUGUUUAUUUUGUAGUAACGUUUGUGCUUACGUAAUGUCAAGAAAUAGAAAAGUUUGUCAAAAUUGUCGUUCGAAGGUGAUAGUAACUCCUACACCUCCGCCGCAAGAUACAUUUAAAAAUUAUUGUCAAAGUAAACAAAUAGUAAGUAAACGCAUAGGCGUUACUUAUACAAAAAAGGUUUCAAUGCAUAGUGGCACAGGUAACUAUUUAGUUACAUACUCAAAUUUGGGUAUUAACAAACAGUUCAAAACGAUGAAAGAACAAGAAAAAUAUAAAAAGAGUGAAUAUUUUCUUAAAUUAAGAAAGAAAAAAGAAGUUACUUUCGAAUGUGAAGAUAUUAAAGUGGCUGAACAAUCGACCGGUGUCGUUAAGAAUAUUAUGAUCAAUGAUAUUACCACAAGUUUUCAAGAGCUAGAAAUUAGAGAACAGGAUAACGUGCUUCCCUGGCAAGAAAUACUACGUAAACAAACACCUAUUACCAGGCCUGAAUUUUAUGGAGGACAAUUAAAAAUUUUCUUAGUUAAAAUCAUACAAGAAUACUCAAGAGAUGAUAUAGAUAUACACGAAUUAAAAAUUAAAAUUAAUGAGCUUGGUAUGUGGGAUAUUGGACGCUUAUAUGAUUUUACAUUUUUAAUGAAGAAUCAAAUUAGUUGUCAGUUAAUGGAAUUAUUAAGGUGCUAUAAAAUAACUGAAAAAAAAUUGUUGUAUAAGGUACUGAAACAAAUAAUUGGUAGAGUUCUAUUAGAAUUCAAAGUGCUUAUUUGGGAACCAAGAAACGAGUUACAAAUAAAGGAAGAAAAGCGGUGCGGUAUUAGCAUUAAAGACUAG